AUGGCUUUGAAAGAAAGUCUUGGCUUGGCUUUGAAAGAAAUAUUUGUUAAAAACGGCCUACGGCCGGCCAUCUUUGUUGAGUUUAUAGUCGAUAUUGCUUUAGACUUGGCCUUGGAGACUCAUCCAGUGCAAUGUAGGAACUCGCCUAAAGAUGAGUGUGUUGUUCGAAAUUCCCGUGAAGAAAAGCACCUUGACAAGUACGAUCUAAGCAAGAAAGCAUACGUAUUGGUGUUACACCACCACAAGUUUGAUGAUUCCACACACAACAGAGCCGGCAGCGAGAAAGAUAUGGAAAAGAUUGAAAGGUUUUUUCGAGCUUAUCGCGUUGACCCGCUCAAUGUGUGCGCGAACGAAACUGCUGAGGAAGUGCGCUACAUUAUGGAUAACAUUGCACACAAGGAUUUCAGUGACAACAGCUGCUUGAUAAUCAUCAUAAUGAGCCAUGGACUUGCUAAUGAUCAAAUCAUGGCUCGUGAUGGCAAAACGUACUGCUUCGAGGGAGAUAUUGUGGAGAAAUGCACUUCCAAUCGGACGCUCGAUGGCAAACCGAAACUCUUCAUCGUGCAGGCAUGUCGAGGAGGUUCCGUAUGGGCAACGGAUUCUAUCAACAUCCAAAGCAACAAGAACGAUGUCUUGAUCUUUCAAAGCACCUACAAAGGAUUUGUCGCCUUGCGCAACCCACAAGAAGGAACAUUUUUCAUGCAGCAUUUUUUCCGGCUGUUGGAUGAACAUCGUGACAAAGACAUCUUUGGCAUCAUAAAGCUUCUGAACGGCUUUUUCGAAAGCAGCGCUCUUCCUCAAAAUCCCACCAUGACCACAACCCUCCGAAAGGAUUUGAUAUUUGAUGAUCUACGGUUGUAAUGGAAUUUCGAUUCUCGACUUUCACGUUACCCCAUGAACACUUUAAUCAAUCGAAGGGUAGCCAAUUGGUUUACUCUUAACCCUCGGUUGGGCACCCGGCGUUUACCCCUUCGUUGGGCACCCGGGUACCCGGGUACCCCACUUAUGUGCAUUGCAUUGUUAUGUUCUUGUA